UGUCAUCCCACAGGUGUGUCCCAGAGUAGUGGGGAGGUAAAUGGGUCUCUGGCAACGAUUAAAACUGUGGGGAACUUCCUCACACUGGGGCUGGACAGCCAAGCGGGAUUAUGGGAAAUCCGUGUGUCGUCAACUGUGCCCUACUCACUGAAGGUCGUAGGUCAGAGCGCCAUCGACUUCCUGUUUGACUUUGUGGAGGUGUCCCAGGGACCUCAUCCAGCCUUCGCUGUUUUAGAGUCCCGUCCUCAAGCUGGUGGUAAUGCCACCCUGCUGGUGUCAGUGACGGGGAGUGAAUCUGUGAGUCUGACAGAGGUCGCGCUGGUUGAGGCCUCGGGGUCAGGGGAGGUCAAUGGAACCUUGGAAUCAGUCGGCGGCGGGGACUUCCUAGUCACCAUGGACAGAAUCCCGGCGGGGGAAUUUGUUGUGCGUCUGAGAGGAGAGAACAGCGCCACCACAAGGGCAUUACCAGACAGCUUCCAGAGACAGUCCUCCACCCGCCUCAGAGCCUCCACUGUUAUGGUGAUGGCUAAGGCAGAAAGUGACCUGGAGCCUGGAACACCCUUUUCAGUUCUGUUCACUGUGACAACCAACGGGACCGGCGGAUCCUUCACCAUCCGGGCCACACACGACCGGGGGUUCCCCUCCUCUUCCCCUACAGACCUGACGCUAGUGACCGGGGUCAGUGCCAACGGUACAGUGACUCUCACGGCUCCCGCCAACACCGCAUCGGGCACUGACGUCACCCUGACCAUCGAGGCUGAGUCUCCCGGGGCCACCGACACUAACUAUGCCGUUCUGCGCCUCUCAGUCGUUUCACCGGUGACAGAUGUCAGCCGUCCGGUGUGCGAUGUGGUCAGCGUAACAGCUAAUUGUUCUGACGACUGCAGCCUGUCCGCGUGGGAGCUCUCUGCCAACCUGACGGACGGCAAUGGGACGGGCAUCGAGCACGUCACUCUGCGCCAGGGCAACGGAACCCUCAACACCACCACGGUGAAGGGCGCUGGGAAUUGGACCGUGACUCUGGCAGCCUACAGCGCCUCCUGCUGUUCCCCGGAGGUAGAGCUGGUGGCGGUGGACAGCGCGGGGAACGUGGGAACCUGUUUCAGGUCCAUCAGAGUCACAGUGGAUACCACUGUCCAGCCGCCAGUCACCGAUGCUACCACUAAGAACAGCAUCACCGUGACUACACCAAAGGUUGGCGCCGCGAGCAGCAGCCAUCCUCUAUCCCUCUCCUCGUAUCUCUGUUCCAUCAUGUUAGUCUCUGUCACACUCGUUUUGAGCCUCUAGUGUCACUUCUGGUCUUGAAAGAUUCUCUGUUAUAAUACUGUCUGGUAACUUUCCAUUAUUGUGUCAAUUCUAAUAAUAAAUGCCAUUUAGCAGAAGUGUCUUACAGUAAUGCAUGCAUACAUUUUAUGUAAAGGUGGUCCUGGGAAUUGAACCCACUAUCCUGGUGUUGCAAGUGCCAUGCUCUACCAACUGAGCUACUGAGGUCUAAGGUCAUGCGGCUUUGUGUUUUUUCGAUGGACCUCGUGUCAUCUGUGUACCAAAACAAAGUGCCAAGGCAGUCUCUAAAAGGCAUCCUGCAGGGACGAGGGCUGGGAUGAAAAGACACAAUAAUAAUAAUAAUAUAGGACAAAACACAGAUCACGACAAGACAAACAACACUACAUGAAGAGAGACCUAAAGACAACAACAUGGCAAGGCAGCAACACAUGACAACACAACAUGGUAGCAGCACAACAUGGUAGCAGAGCAAAGGGCAAGAAGGUAGAGACAACAAUUCAUCAGGCAAAGCCGCUACAAGUGCCAGUAAGAGUGUCCAUGAUUGAGUCUUUGAAUGAAGAGAUUGAGAUAAAACUGUCCAGUUUGAGUGUUUGUUGCAGCUCGUUCUAGCUACAGCGAAAUGCAUAUGGUAUUGAUAAGUAAUCAUAAAUAAUCAUAAUGUAUGUUGAUAUCACUGUCAUUUCUUAAUGGUCUAUAGCGAGCAUUAUUAGGUAUCAAUAAGACUCUACUUCCUAAUGUUCUCUGCUUAGUUACUCAUGAAUCAAUAUGUAAAUAUUGAUUCUCUUUUGUAAUGUCAGUCCUCGAUAAUGUGAAACAUAUUCCUCCAAAGGCCAAUAAAAUGAACUGAAGAAGUAAAAACAA